UCUUCCCUCCCACCGCCGCUGCGCACUGCUCGGUCCCGACUGGGCCCUCCCGCCGGGGCGGCUCCAGCGGCUCCGGCUCCAGCUCCACAAGUUCCUGCUGCCCGUGCCCCGGGCGCGUGCACGAGGCUGGCCCGGCCGUCGGGGGCGCCGGGCGGGAGCAGCGGGAGCGGCAGCGGGAGCGGUGCCGGGAGGGGCGGGAGGAGGGCUGUUGUGCGGGAGCCGCCGAUGCCGCUGUGAGAUGGCAUCAUUCUGCGCGGCGGCGGCGGCGGCGGAGCGCGGCGCGGAGGGGUGAGGAGCCGCCGCGGCGGCGAGAAAGCGAAGAAGAAGAAGAGAGAGGUGGAAGGAAGGAGAAGGAGGCGGCAGCAGCUGUGAGGCUGCGAGCCACGGCUGAAGCCUAAACCUCUGACAUGGCCACAGCCUCACCAAGAUCUGAUACAAGUCACAGCUGUAAUGGAAGAUUACAGAUGCAAGUAACAGUUUCUAGUGCCAAACUGAAACGGAAAAAGAAUUGGUUUGGAACAACUUUCUACACGGAAUUAACUGCAGAUGGAGAAAUUAAGAAAACAGCAAAAUCAAGUAGUUCUUCAAAUCCCAAAUGGGAUGAGCAGCUGACAGUGCAUGUGACUCCACAGACUACGCUGGAAUUUAGAGUGUGGAGCCAUCACACUUUAAAAGCAGAUGCUUUAUUAGGAAGAGCCACUGUAGACUUGAGACAAGCUUUGGAAGCACACAAUAGAAAAUUGGAGAAGGUGAAAGAACAACUGAAACUCUCUUUGGAAAACAAGAGUGGCAUGGUGCAAACAGGUGAACUGACUGUUGUGCUAGAUGGUUUGGUUGUUGAACAAGAAUCUCUUACAAAUCUCAGUUCAUCAGCAACCAUAGAAGUUCAACAAAAUGGCGAGGCUGUACAUGAAAGCAGAGAUGCUUCAGCAAGAAGUUCAUCCAGAUCUGCUUGUGACAUUUCUAAUGGGAUAGACAAUCAAGUACCUUCCAGCUCUGUAAUACAGAAUACGUCCUGUGUAGAAGCUGUUAAUGGAGACAGCACAACAUCUCCUGAUCAUGUUGCAACCAGACCCAAAAAUACUCCAGUACCAAAACCACUCGAAGCUCAGCCUGUCAACAGCACUGUUAAUGGCGAGUCAUCUGCCUCUGCACCUGAAGCUGGCAAUUCCUCUGUCUCCGAGGCUCCGACGGGUUCAGUCGAAGCUCCUGUGUCUUCAGCAGAUUGCACUAAUGAUACAGCAGAACCUCAGUCAGCAACAGAAGCAACUGGUUGUUCUGAAAGCCACACUUCUGCUUUACCUGUUGAGUCUGCUGGACUAGAACCUGCAGCUGCAACAGAGUCUGCUCAGCCUAAUGCUCGAAACAGCACAGCAGCAGAUGCGGCAAAGCCGAGGGAAUCCUCCUCCACACCAAGCGCGUCUGCAGAACCCGUAAGACAGCAGCCUGGCACUGCCAGUACAGAACCUUUGCCACCUGGGUGGGAGCAGAGAAAGGAUCCUCAUGGCAGAACCUAUUAUGUUGAUCACAACACACGAACUACAACAUGGGAAAGACCACAGCCCUUACCUCCUGGCUGGGAAAGGAGAGUUGACGAUCGUGGGAGAGUUUACUAUGUGGACCACAACACCAGAACGACAACGUGGCAGCGACCAACAAUGGAGUCAGUGAGGAACUUUGAGCAAUGGCAAUCGCAAAGGAAUCAGCUGCAGGGAGCUAUGCAACAAUUCAACCAACGAUACCUCUAUUCGGCUUCGAUGUUGUCAGCAGAAAAUGAUCCACUUGGGCCUUUACCACCAGGCUGGGAAAGAAGAGUGGAUUCAAAUGAUAGGGUGUAUUUUGUAAAUCAUAACACAAAGACAACACAGUGGGAGGACCCUCGAACUCAAGGUUUACAAAAUGAGGACCCUCUUCCAGAGGGCUGGGAAAUCAGAUAUACCCGGGAAGGUGUCAGAUACUUUGUUGAUCACAAUACGAGAACCACCACCUUCAAUGAUCCUCGUACUGGGAAAUCUUCUGUAAAUAAAGGGCCACAGAUUGCUUAUGAGCGUAGCUUUAGGUGGAAACUUGCUCAUUUCCGUUACUUGUGUCAGUCCAAUGCACUGCCAAGUCAUGUGAAAAUCAAUGUAUCCAGACAGACUUUGUUUGAGGAUUCCUUCCAGCAAAUUAUGGCACUAAAACCCUAUGAUUUGAGGAGAAGAUUAUAUGUUAUAUUUAGAGGAGAAGAAGGAUUGGAUUAUGGUGGCUUGGCAAGAGAAUGGUUUUUCUUGCUUUCCCAUGAAGUACUGAACCCUAUGUACUGCCUAUUUGAAUAUGCUGGCAAGAGCAACUAUUGCCUGCAGAUAAAUCCAGCAUCAACAAUCAAUCCUGACCAUCUUUCAUAUUUCUGUUUCAUUGGGCGCUUUAUUGCCAUGGCAUUGUUUCAUGGGAAAUUUAUUGACACUGGUUUUUCUCUGCCUUUCUACAAACGAAUGCUGAGCAAAAAGCUUACUAUUAAAGACCUAGAAUCUAUUGAUACUGAAUUUUACAACUCCCUAAUUUGGAUAAGGGAUAAUAACAUUGAGGAGUGUAACUUGGAAAUGUACUUCUGUGUGGAUAUGGAGCUCUUAGGGAAAGUAACCUCACAUGAACUGAAAUCAGGAGGUUCAAAUAUCUUGGUAACUGAGGAGAACAAAGAAGAAUAUAUUGGGCUAAUGGCAGAGUGGCGAUUUUCUCGGGGAGUUAGAGAACAAACCAAAGCUUUUCUUGAUGGUUUUAAUGAAGUAGUUCCUCUACAAUGGCUGCAUUAUUUUGAUGAAAAGGAACUGGAGGUUAUGCUCUGUGGUAUGCAAGAAGUAGAUUUAGCAGACUGGCAGAGGAACACUGUUUAUCGUCAUUACACGAGAAAUAGCAAGCAGAUCAUAUGGUUCUGGCAGUUUGUAAAAGAAACAGACAACGAGGUUCGCAUGCGACUUCUGCAGUUUGUCACUGGCACUUGCAGAUUACCACUGGGUGGAUUUGCUGAACUUAUGGGAAGUAAUGGUCCUCAGAAAUUCUGCAUUGAAAAAGUUGGUAAGGAAACCUGGUUACCAAGAAGUCACACUUGUUUUAAUCGUUUGGAUUUGCCACCGUACAAAAGCUAUGAACAACUAAAAGAGAAGUUGCUCUUUGCCAUUGAAGAAACGGAGGGAUUUGGACAAGAGUAGAAGUGACUUCUAGUUAAAAAGGAUAUCUUGAAUAAUAAAAGGCCCAGCCAACUAAAAUUGCACACUUAACUGUAUAUAAGCUUUUUGUUUGUACAGUGAUCUUUCUGGAACUCUAAAAGUUUAAUUGUUCUCCGUUCUUCCACAAAUAUAUGCAAAACAGUUCAGCCUUUUCUACUUUUAUUUAUUGCCCUUUCAAAAGACCAGAAAAACCCCUCCAUAAAUUUUGAAAGCAGACAAGAGACUUAUUUAAAAUAUAUAUAUAUAAAAAUAUAAAUAUAUAUACUAAUUGGCUCUAGUUUUAUAGAGCUUUAAGUGUAUGAAAAGUUGCAGCCAUUCAAAAGGGCCUGGAUUUGCUUUAUCUUGGCUUUAUCAUUCAGAAAAAUGUUUAAACUGCUCAGUGUUCUCUAAAGAAACAUCUCCAAGUUUGUUUUACUGCAUGGCUGUUCUAAAAGGUGUUAAAGGCUUAGGCCAAACGUAUCCUAAAUAUGUAGAAAGAUGCUGCUGGUAUUUGAGACGACAGAAUCUGUUCUUCUGUCAGUUUAAUUUUUUUAAAUACAUAAAUAGCUGAUAUAUCCCUCUCUACUGAUGUAGCCAAGGUCAUGAAUAAAGCCUUUACUACUUGCACAAGAGUCAUGUACAAUGAGAUGAAUGUGAUUUAUUGUUGAAAGGAAUUGGUGCCACUGUUCUGACUUACUGCAGGAGCUGAACAGAGUAUUUUAAUUAAUUUGAGCAGCAUUGAAAUUUGUUUACAUAGUACCUUGGGUUAUUACCACGAGGAUGUUAGGUAAUCAUCAAAGAAAAAAUAAUAAAAGAGAAAAUAU